UUUUUAGCAGUAAUUAGCCAAACUCGAUCGCUGUUCAGUGAGAGAGGUGUCAGUCCACAUUCUAACUCUUCCCUUAGUUCUCGAAGGCCAUCAUUCAACGCUUCUACCUUUGGCUCCCCAGAUUUUGUGGACAGAACCCUGACAACCAAAAGAAUAAUACAUUCACCAUUUUACGGUGGCCGUACAACAUACGGAGGGGCAUCUGCCUAUUCUCAUAGACUGAAGAAAAACGCCGAUAUUAAGAAUUCUCUUCGAAACGCAUUUGAAGUGAAACCAGCUAACGAAUCUGUAAAAACCGAGAAUGCCACAUUAAGCAAAACGGCCAGGCGAAUUUUGGACACUCUAGAACAGUAUACGACACCCGUUUCGGAGGCCAAGAAAAUACCGAACCCUUCGUUACGAAGGGGUACUACAAAGAGGGAUGGCCUUUUAUCAAAAUAUACAGGAGCAAAUCCUUACUUUGUACGCGAACCUAAAAACACACCUUCAAGUAAGGAACUUCAAGUUCCCACAGUCCCUGAUUUAUUAAAAAUGAAAUUAAAAGAAAAACUACAAGAUAGUACUGUUGCUGUGAGACAGAUAGCUGCUACUUCAAAGGCUGCUCAAAACGCAGAUGAAUACAAACUGAGAGAUAAAGACGACGAACAGGCAACAUCGAAACACGUGAACAAAAUGAGAAAUAAAGUGUCGAAUAUACGAAAACGAACAACCGACACAAUGGAACAGGAAAAGGUGGAGCAAGUAAAACUACCAGACAUUGCGUUACCCAUUACUACGUUGCCCAAGUUUGAUUUUGGCAUCUUACCCACCACGUCGGCAUCUGGGAUGGUAACAAAAGCAGUUACCACCACGUCAACGCGAGUAGUUACGAAAGAAACUGAAACUGAAACGGACGAGGGAACCAAAAGGGAAAAACAAGUCACGAAGAUAUCCAUCACCAACGAGUCAAAGAAGAUCACAAGCGAAGAACCGAAACUAUUCGAAGUGAAUGAUGCGCCAUUCAAAUUUGCAAAACCUGUUGUAUUGUUAUCGAAUAAUUUAAAGAGUAUAAUUGGCAGCAACGACUUCGUCUUUAGUAAGCCAUUGAACCAGAAAGAAGAAGUUCAAAAUAACUUCAAGUCCUCGUCCAGUAAAUACGAAUUAAAACGAAAAUCUCAGAGCGGAAUCAAUUUUCUUCAGACGGCGAAAAUGGACCUUAUGAGUGCAUUUAAACCAUCAGCCAACACUUGGGAAUGUAACGUAUGUCUAAUAAGAAACGUACAAGACAGAGACAAGUGUGCUGCAUGUCAGGCCGAAAGGGCAUCGAAACCGCUGCCUACUGCUACUGCUUCUAUAAAAAACCACGAUUUUGGUAACAAAUUUAAACUGACGUCGGAUGUCAGAAACAAGAAUAUGGACACAAAUUGUGUGGCAAGUACGACUCCAAAACCUAUUAUUGAAAAUUCUUUUUUGCAUACAACCAAUGAAGGUUUCGGAGACAAAUUUAAACCUCCAUCAGAUACAUGGGUGUGCGGUGUUUGUAUGAUUAGAAAUAAAAAUGACUUAGACAAAUGUGCGGCUUGUGAAUCGCCCAAUCCAAACGCGCCCAAAAAGUCAACUAGUUUUGCGGACGCAUUUAAAAUGAAAAAGGAUGAAUGGGAAUGCCCCAUUUGUAUGGUCAGAAAUCCAGAAACUAAAGGCAAGUGCGCAUGUUGCGAGACCCCUCGUCCAAAACUUCAAUCAACGGAUAAGUCAGUUUCUGAAAAUAAAAACACUAUGUCCACAUUCAAUUUUGGAAUUAAUGACGCUGUCGGCGUUGUCACAUCCAAAGGGUUUACGUUUGGCAUUCCUAAGGACUUGAGAGAGACAGAAAAGACAUCAAAGCAAGACUUCUCCUUUGGAGUACCUAAUGAGAAAAACGUGUCUGCUUCGGAUGAAACCAAGCCUGUGCUUUUCAAUGGGGCGACCAAUAACAACAAAAAGGACACAGAGACAUCGGAAUCGAAUAAUAAUUCUAAACCUACUUUUUGUUUCGGAAUUACGACUACAUCUUCUGUUGCCACCCCCUCAUCGAAAUCUGUUGUAAGUACAGCGAAUUCCACCGAAACAACGGUUACGAGUAGUACAACUAUCACCACCACUUCCAGUUUCGGUUUUACCACCAAGACGUUAGAAUCGUCAGCUCCUUCGUCUUUCGUUUUCGGCGCUUCUACAGUGAAAGAUUUUGAUUCGAAGGCGCCAACUGAAACUAACGUAAUUCCCACACCCAUAUUCAAACAUGUUCCAGAAAAAAAGUCGGAUUCUUCUGCCACUAUUACGUCGACGAUGUUUGCAAACAAGGCAGACUCUAGCACGACGAAAACGAAUACGGUCCCUGCUCCAGUACCCGGAUUGAGAAGCCCAGCAACAACAAACAAGCCGUCGUCUAUAUUCGGAACAUCGGCGAAGCCAGAUUCGAGCACAUCGAUAUUUGGGUCGCCAGCUCCUCCUAAGGUAGAAGUGCCGGCGCCUAUUUUUGGAUCGUCCACUUUUGGAAAACCAACACCAGUUGCAUUUGGAACAGCUAAACCGGACUCCAGUACAUCAUCAAUUUUUGGUAGCAACAACAGCACUGGAGAUACAGACAACAAACAAAAAACCGAUGCGGUUUUUAAAUUCGGUACAACACCAACUCAGGCAAUUUCAUUUGGUGGAGCCUCGUCUUCUUUUCAAACGACUCCGUUCAUUACGUCGUCUAUUCCUGCUCCUACUUUUAGAAUGCCUGUAACAUCUACGACCGACCAAGGAGCGUUUUGUUUUGGUCAAGAUACGUCUACGAAACCGUUUAAUUAUGGACAACAGCCACAGCAAACUACGGAAGUAACGAAACCUGCUGCAGGUUAUUCCUUCGAGCAACAAGGAAAUAAGCAGCAACAAGAACAAAAAUUCAAUUUUGGUAGCAACAGUACUUCGUCGGCAGGAUUUAGUUUUGGUGCAAGCAGUAAUCCAACGGUCGGUGGUCCUGGUUUUAAUUUCAAACCGAUGUUUGAUUCUUCACAGCAGCAGCAGCAGCAGCAACAAACUACUAGUAUAUUUGGAAAUAGUUCCGCUACAGCGGCGUCCUCGGUUGUUUCCCAACAGCCUCCUCAACUUUUACAGAACGGCGGAUUCAAUUUUGGAAACGUUCCACCCAAGGGAGGUUUUAAUUUUGCACCUCAAUCAGGACCAUCUGCUGCGCCUGGAGUAUUUAGCUUCGGUGGUACGGGUACUAACGCGGUUCCAGAAGCACCGGGAAAUAGUGGGGGUUUCAGUUUCGGAUCUACUCAGUUUAACGCAAAUGUAAAGCCCAAUUUCAAUUUCACUGGUGCUGUACCACCCACAUUUUCGUGAGUAUUGUUGUUGUUC